AUGGGGUCUGAUCCGCAAUACAUCAAGUACCCCGACCUCCUCCUCGCCCAACAUGUCUUCAACCUCUCCAACCCUGCAUGCGAGUCGUCCAUCCAGAAGUCCUCAUUGUCCAAGCUGCAAGAUGCCAUCAAGGAGCGCAAGAUGGCCCCUUUCUAUCGCUACCUCGCCCAUCCAGUCGAGGGCAUCCUGAACAACUCUGGCGAAGGUGUGACGCAACACCCUCACACGGCCACUUCCAAGCCUCUGAUCAUCUCCGAUAUGCUGGCAUCGCGCAAGUCUCCACAAAAUAUCGACUUUCCUUGGGAUGAGCAGCUGUAUCAAUCUCUCGUGGAGGAGAACAAGCAAGAGCUUGAGACCUUCCAAAAGGAGGAGGACGAGGCAGAGGAGGCCGCCGGCGAGACUGAGGUACAAGCCGCGCGAGGGAAACGGGCCGAGUUCUGGGCUCGCGUUGGAGAUAAGGACCGAGCUAUUGAGUCGCACGAAGCCCUCCUCGAUAAGAUCGGAUUCCUCGGCACCAAAAUUGACCUGGUUCUGGCUAUGAUCCGCAUUGGAUUGUUCUUUGGAGACCGCGUGUUUGUCAAGAAGACCAUCGAGCGGGCAGAGACCCUGGUGGAGAGCGGUGGUGAUUGGGACCGGAGGAAUCGCCUCAAGGCCUACAAGGGCAUGCACCUGCUCACAAUCCCCUUGCCGCCCCCCCUUCUUCUGGACAGUCUGUCCACCUUUACAAGUUACGAACUGUGCAGCUACUCUGCGUUGGUAAUCUACUCCGUGCUUGCGGGAUCUCUAUCCCUAAAGCGGGUGGACUUUAAGGCGAAGGUGGUGGAUGCACCCGAGAUCAAGGCUAUCUUGGGUGCCGGCGAGGACCAACUGGCCGCUCUGGCUGGUGAGACCUCGGCUGGCCCCGGUGCUCGGGAUGAGGAAAUGAAGGAUGCUACAGCAUCAACAUCAACUCCUACCGGCGGUGCCAAGACCGCUGUUAACCUGACAACUCUGGCCACUGGCUCCGGUCCACAGGCCGAAAGCGAGAUCCCUGUCGACUUCUCACCUCUGGCCAACCUGGUCAACAGUCUCUAUAAUGGCAACUACCGCUCAUUCUUCGUAGCACUCGCUGCCGUCGAGGAUCAUUUCCUGACGCAGGACCGAUACUUGCACGAGCACCGGGCCUGGUUUGUUCGUGAGAUGCGACUCCGCGCUUACCAGCAGCUACUCCAAAGCUACCGGGUAGUGGGCUUGAACAGCAUGGCUAGCGACUUUGGUGUGACUGUGGAUUAUCUGGACCGCGACCUGGCCAAGUUCAUCUCCAGCAACCGCAUUUCCUGCACGAUUGACCGCGUCAAUGGAAUUAUUGAAACCAACCGACCCGAUGACAAGAACAAGCAAUACUCGGACGUGGUGAAGCACGGUGACGCCCUGAUUACCAAACUCCAGAAAUACGGACAGGCCGUUCGACUUCGUGGCAGUGAGCGUAGUUAG